UCGAUGUCGUUUUCGCUUUUACACAAUUUUUAAUUAUUAUUAAUUUGGUUCGGAGAUAAAAUGUCGAAGCGACACAGAAUUGACGUUGGUGAUUCUUCAUCUUCAUCUAAAAAGAGAUCGGAUGAUGAUUCAAAGCCGGUGGUUUCAAACGUGGCGAGUUUUCCCACUGUCAAGUCAAUCCUCACCCAAAAUCCCUUCACUGGUCUGCCAUUCACUCCUAAAUAUUGGGAGCUGUACAAGAAACGUACCAAUCUGCCAGUGUGGGAGUACAAAGAAAAAUUCAUCGACAUCUUGAACAAGAACCAAUGUCUUGUGCUUGUCGGUGAGACAGGUUCUGGCAAAACGACUCAAAUACCUCAGUGGUGUCUGGAGUGGGUAAGAGCAAGGUACACUAAGAAAGGUGUGGCGUGCACCCAACCUCGAAGGGUGGCCGCCAUGUCAGUCGCUGCCAGAGUGGCAGAGGAGAUGGAUGUCGGGCUGGGACAGGAGGUCGGCUACAACAUUCGAUUUGAAGAUUGCACAUCGAGCAAGACAAUUCUAAAGUACAUGACUGAUGGUAUGCUGUUGAGGGAGGCCAUGUCAGACCCCCUUCUUGAGGCGUACGGGGUUGUAAUGUUGGAUGAGGCCCACGAACGUACCCUGGCAACUGACAUCCUCAUGGGUCUCCUCAAAGAAGUUUCUAGACAAAGGGCAGAUUUGAAGAUUGUUGUCAUGAGUGCCACUCUCGAUGCCGGAAAAUUCCAGCAAUACUUUGACAAUGCCCCCCUGAUGAGUGUACCUGGCAGGACCCACCCGGUUGAAAUCUUCUACACCCCUGAGCCGGAGCGAGAUUAUCUGGAGGCGGCCAUUAGAACUGUCAUCCAGAUACACAUGUGUGAGGAGAGUGAAGGAGAUAUACUGCUCUUCCUUACUGGACAAGAGGAAAUCGAUGAGGCAUGCAAACGCAUCCAAAGAGAGAUCGACAACCUGGGGCCAGAGGUAGGAGAACUCAAGUGCAUUCCCCUCUAUUCAACCCUCCCACCCAAUCUUCAACAACGCAUCUUUGAACCUCCACCUCCCAAACGACCCAACGGCGCCAUCGGCAGAAAAGUCGUAGUGUCAACGAACAUUGCAGAAACUUCACUGACAAUCGACGGUGUUGUCUUCGUCAUUGAUCCUGGAUUUGCCAAACAGAAGGUGUACAAUCCGAGAAUCAGGGUGGAGUCGUUGCUGGUCACUGCUAUCAGUAAGGCCAGUGCCCAGCAGAGAGCGGGUAGGGCAGGCAGAACCCGACCGGGAAAAUGUUUCCGCCUCUACACUGAGAAGGCCUACAAGAAUGAGAUGCAGGACAACACCUACCCAGAGAUUCUACGAUCGAAUCUCAGUGCCGUUGUCCUACAACUGAAGAAAUUAGGAAUCGAUGAUUUGGUGCACUUUGAUUUUAUGGACCCGCCUGCGCCUGAGACUUUGAUGAGGGCGUUGGAACUUUUAAAUUAUUUGGCGGCCAUUGAUGACGAUGGUGAACUUACAGAGCUUGGCUCCAUGAUGGCAGAAUUUCCACUGGAUCCGCAACUUGCCAAAAUGGUCAUCGCAAGUUGCGAUUAUAACUGCUCUAAUGAAAUUCUUUCCAUCACUGCUAUGCUGUCUGUUCCGCAAUGUUUCGUGAGGCCCACCGAGGUGAGGAAGCAAGCAGAUGAGGCCAAGAUGAGAUUUGCGCAUAUCGAUGGCGACCACCUCACACUUCUCAAUGUCUACCACGCUUUCAAACAGAAUCACGAUGAAGCACAAUGGUGCUACGACAACUUCAUAAACUAUCGAUCCUUGAAGAGUGCGGACAACGUGAGGACCCAGCUGGCUCGCAUCAUGGAUAGGUUUAAUCUACGACGCUCCAGUACAGAGUUCAGUUCCAGAGAUUACUACAUCAACAUUAGGAAGGCUCUUGUCUCUGGAUACUUUAUGCAGGUGGCCCACCUCGAACGCACUGGCCAUUAUCUGACAGUGAAGGACAAUCAGAUAGUCCAGUUGCACCCAUCAACCUGUCUCGACCACAAGCCUGAAUGGGUCCUCUACAACGAGUUCGUCCUCACCACUAAGAACUACAUUAGAACUGUUACUGAUAUCAAGGCUGAAUGGCUAAUACAGAUCACGCCGCAAUAUUACGACAUGUCAAACUUUCCGCAAUGUGAAGCUAAACGAGUCCUAGAGAAGCUCAUUGCCAAGAUGGACUCGAAACAACAAUAA